GUUACAGAGGCAGCAUUGCCAAUAUGUCACUCUCCCUGUUCAGCCUGUGUUUCAUACUCACGGUGUUUACGCACCAUGCAUGGGGAUACACCAACAAAAAGAACGACAAAAUGUCCGCCAGGUUUCUCCUUUUUGAACUCAGCCAAAAUGCUCUUAAACAAGAGAUGGAUUUAAAGUUUCAUACCUUGGAAAAUCAAAUUGCUGAGCUGAAAGUCACAGGGUAUGUGGGCAAGGCAGUAGAAAGACUGAAAAGAAAGUAUCAGAACAUUGAGGGACUCCUUGGCAAACUUUCCGAUCAGCUGAACGCUGUUCAGCAAGAAAACAAAAUUUUAAAGGCUGAGAUAGCUGCUCUGAAAAAGGUAGUUGAACCCGAGGCUGGGCCUCAAGGGCAGGUUGACAAUGAUGCAUUUCCAGAUACGACGUCCAGUGCGCCAAAUAAUUCAAGAAGAAAGGAAAAGACUGACAAUCCUGUUGUUACCCCAAAAGCAUUGUCUGGAGUGACUGGGGUGGAGGAGGACGGUACCCAUAAUGGUUCAUCUACACCCGUGUCUGAAGUCACAACAAAACCGUUUUCUGGAUCGGGUGGAGAUGAAGAAACGAUCUCUGUUCUUGAAGUCACAACAAAACCGUUUUCUGGAUCGGUUGGAGAUGAAGAACCGAGCUCUGUUCUUGAAGUCACAACAAAAUCGUUUUCCGGGUCGGUUGGAGAUGAAGAAACGGACUCUGUUCUUGAAGUCACAACAAAACGGCUGUCUGAAUCGGUUGGAAGAGACGUAUCUGCUUCCAAGGGCCGCAAUGGACGGCUUCUUGUUGCCCCUUGGGGCCAUGCAGAACCAUUGCAGGUGAAUCUGUCCGACUACACCGUAAGUAAUUAUUCUCUUGGGAUCAGUGACUAUCAGUCAGUUGUGUUCAUACCUAAAAUUCAGUCCCUUAUUGUCACAGGAAUUGCGCCAUUUAAUUUGAGGAGCAUAAUAUAUGUGUCAAGGAUUAACAGCAGCGAUCUUCAACCGUUGGUUCGAAACUAUGCUUGUCAUGCCUCUACGGUUGACGAAGAUAGAGAGCUCAUCGUCGUUACAACAUUUCGACCCAGGAAAACGGUCAGUUCUUUAAAAUACGAUGGCAGUGAUCUGAAAACGAUUGCAGAUCUGUCCGCCUAUAAUUAUCCGUACGGUUUGGCACUUGACUAUAAACUGAGACGGAUCUACGUAUGCACCGACACGAAACUCCUAUCAAUGACCUACAACGGAAAUGACGUCAGAGUGGUUCACUCUGGGAAGAACAUAAUGACAGUGACUGCAGAUAUGACUGAUCGUGUUCUCUACUUUAAUGAUGACACUGGGUUAAUGAAACAUUCUUUGGAUUCUGGAGAGACUGUAACGAUGGUCAACCUUGCCUUUACACCGUGGAAUUUCAUACACGCAAGAGGAUUUGACGGGUCAAACAAUCUCUAUGUGAGCAGUUUACGAGGAAGGAUGGUCGGAGUGUUUAAACUCGACACCAACAGCAGCUAUAUCCCCAUCCUGCCUGGUUGUACCCCUUGCAGAUAUGUGUCGGCCAUUUGCCUCAUCCCGUAAAAAGGGUGGCGGGGUAGCCUAGUGGUUAAAGCGAUCGCUCGUCACGCUGUAGACCCGGGUUCGAUUCCCAACAUGGGUACAAACUCACUCACUCACUCAUCCCUUAAAGGCAUUGUCAUCUCAUGGCAGUAAAUAUUACUUUAUAUUAUGCAUUUGUUUAAAAUCGACAUUCAGUCGACCAUCGAGUCGUGUCUUUGGAUAGUAGCAGCUCAUGACAGAUGGAAAUGUGUGACUCGGGUUUAAAACCACAUUAAUGGAUAUUUAAAUUGUAUAAAAUGUAUAAAACACUGUACAAAUAA